GAUUCAACUCUGCAUGCCUCAACACCAAGCAAGCGAUCCAAUUAAAAGCUCAAAAACUUAAAACUACUCUUUCAUUUCCUUGACUAAAUCCUCAGCAGCAUGGCUUCAAUCCAAUGCCACAGGCCUGCCAAUCAGGCAUGCCAGCAAAUAUGCCAGAAGCCUAGCAGCAACCACCAAAGCUCAUCUCUGGGGCAAAAGGUGUCUGAGAUGGCUGGCUUCUUGAAAGGAGGAGUUCAUCGUAUGCAUGGACAACCACACACCACCACUACAUGCUACAGCCAACAAACUGUUACCUACAGGAACUCUGAACACCAGGGCUUGAACGGCCCCAAGCACCACGGAGGUGGUACUAGUACUACUAAUGGGGUGAUGGCAUGCAAUGGGAAGACCAAGAAGACCAGGGGCGAUCGCCACCAGAAGGAGAGAGACGGAAGAAAUCUGUUUCAGAAGAUCAAAGAUGGAAUUUCUGGUGAUAGCAGCUGCAGCGACAGUGAGAGCGACAGUGACAACGAAGGCAACAGCCGCAAACACAAGAACUGUACGCAUGCUUGAUCAGCUGUGGAGUCGAAACUGGCCAUCGAUCAGUGUGGAAAUGAAGAGAUAUAAGGCCACCAUAAUAAAUACAUCUGUGAUAAAUGAAUAAACAAACACCAAAUAUAUAUGUACGUAUUACAUAUAUAUAAAUUGCCUCGUAAGAUAUAUUCUAGUGAGUAGUGAUAUCUUCUUGGUUACAUGUGCUUGUUUUAUGGUGUUUGUGAAGGAAGUCAAAUGUACUAUGUAAGUGUCUGAAAAUAACAUUAAUUUAUGUUGUUAUAAUAAACUUGUGAACUAUGAUGCAUUGAUGCUA